AUGGCAUCGCCUAACAUUACGGAAAGCAAACUCUUCAAGCCUUUGAAGCUUGGCAAUACACAACUUGAGCAUCGGAUUGCUCUAGCACCGUUGACCCGAUACCGAAACGAUGCAAACCACGUGGCAAAACCUUUUGUUCCUCGAUACUACAGUGACAGAGCCUCAACUCCGGGUACUUUGAUUAUCUCAGAGGCCACUGGCACUUCAAUGCCAGAGACUGGAGUACCGCACGGCCCAGCCUUUGUCACAGACGAGCAAGUUGCUGCUUGGGAAAAGGUCAUUGCUGCAGUUCACGAAAAGAAAGGUGUCUGGUUUCAGCAAAUCUGGGCUCAAGGGCGAGCUGCAGACCCCGACUACCAGAAGCAGCGCGGCUACAAGUUUCGUUCCUCAAGUGCUGUGCCCAUGGAGCCUGGCGCAGCUGUUCCUGAGGAAAUGACUGAAGAAGAGAUUUUGCAAGUUAUCCAAGACUUUGCGGACACCGCCAAGAGAGUUGUUGCUGCAGGCGGCGAUGGUGUUGAAAUUCAUGGAGCCCACGGUUACCUACUGGACCAGUUCCUCUCGGACUCCGUCAACAAGCGUACAGACAAAUGGGGAGGCUCUAUUGAAAACCGGGCUCGGCUUCUUCUUGAAGUCAUUAAGGCAGUUGUUGAGGUCAUCGGCGCUGAAAAGGUGGCACUUCGACUCUCUCCGUAUGCAUCGUUCCAAGGGGCAGAGUCGUCUGAUAUCCACGGACAGUACACAUAUAUUGUCAAGGAACUGAAGAAGAUGAACGUUCCCUUCGCCUAUCUGUCGCUUGUUGAGGCUCGAGGCGACCCGGCCAAGCUUUUGAACACUACGCACGAUCCCAAGAUUGCUCAACAGACACUCGACUUUAUCCUCGAUAUCUGGGAUAACUUGUCCCCCGUUGUUGUGGCUGGUGGUUAUGGUCCCGAAAGCGCUGCCCAGGCACUUGAUGGGCACUACGCAAAGUGGGAUGUCAUCGUUGCAUUUGGAAGAAGCUUUAUUGCAAACCCCGACCUUGUCUGGCGUUUCAAGCACGGCGUUCCACUCACAAAGUACCAUCGAUUCUCGUUCUACAUCAGGGGAUCGGAGAUUGGGUACAACGAUUACACAUUUAGCCAGGAGUACAUUGACGCACAGCGCGAAUGGGCUUUGACGCAUUUGGCUUCAAACUCGAAGUAG